CAUCUGAUGUCAUCGAGAUUAUAAUCGCCAUAAGGAAGAACAGAAUACACGAUGGAUAUUUUGAAGUUAAGAGAUCUUUUGAUGGAACUAGUAGAAGAACUGAAGAUUACCAGAGCUGAAGUGACAGAGAACGAAGAUCGUAUUCAGCAACUUGUGAACGAAUGCCAUGACAAAGAGAGAAAAUUGGAAGAGGAAGCUCUCAACGCUCUGUCUCUAAGAGACAAACAUACAGAGACUGAGGACAUUUUGAGCAAAACAUCGGAUGAUAAGAUGAAACACCUUGAAUCUGAAAAGUCUAAACUUCAGUUGGCUGUAGAGGGCUGGGAAAAGGAAAUGAAAACGAUGAAAGAAGUGGUCAGAGCUUUGGAGCUGUCCAAGUACAACCAAGAUAAAACGGUUCGAGAGCUGCAACACAGACUCCAAACCCAGGAAAGGAAUAAGACGGCACAUGCUGAACAGGUGCUAGAUAUCGAUAAUAAAUGCAAGGGUCUUCAAAAAGACAUGACAUUUUAUAGGGAUGCACUGGGCAUCCUUAAAAGGGAAGUGAGUGAAGCUGGUGUAUUGAACAUGAAGUUAACAGCAACCAACACUCAUCAGAGAUGCGAGAUAUCCUCAUUGAAAGAAGAUCUUGAUAAGAAACAACAAGACGUCAUAAAGCUACGUGCCCAUGUCACUGGCAUGCCAGACAACGAGAGCAACAAGAGGGAGAUGAUCGAAUUGAAGAUUGAAGAACUAACUAAAGAAUUGAAACAGGUUGCACUAAUAAACCAAGAUUUGAAGACUCAAUAUGAGGAGGGUAGACGAACUAAUCAGGUUACACAAACACAGUUACAAGAAUCCCAAGACCUUUUGCAACGGUUUAUGACAUCUACUGACGAGCUAAAAGAGAGAACUACCCAGCAAGAAACCAAAAUAGCCACGCUAAUGAAAGAAUAUACCGAUCUGUCAGAGCGUUAUUCAAGAGCAAAAUCAGAAGUCGCCGAGCUACGCCAAGUUAUGAAUGAACGGGACUCUAAGAAAAAAACCGAGGUCCUUAGACUGGAAGAGGAAAAUGAAAAGAUGAAGAGCGACCUCAGUAAAGUUAGGAAAACUGUGCUUAAUCUUGAAGAUAUUAACGCCAGUUGGGCAUCUAAAAAUCAUGCCAUUACAGAGGAAAUGGAAGAUUUGAAGAUGAAGCUAGAAUCCUCGUCUGCCGAAUUAGACAAGAUGAAGCUCCCGAUUCACAAGAGUGACAUGGAAAGUCAGACUAAUUCAAACACCAAUUUGGACAAUUUCGAUACAAGUUCUAUCACGACAGGUGCCAAGGAUCCCAAGAAUGCAGAAACAUUUCAAGAGUCGGAGGUUACUGUAGAACCGCACACGAUGGAACAGAAAAUAAAGGAGGAUGCCCAACUGAUAGAGCAGAAAAUGCAACAGGAAGAGGUGAGGAAUAACCAAAAAGAGGAUAUCACUUUCAGUGUGCCAGAACCCACGAAUGAUAGCCUCAUUGGAGACAAUAAACAAUGCAGAAAUGAUAAUUCGGAUGUGCAAGAGACUAAUAACCACUCCUCAGAUAACUUCAAGGAUGACAGACGUAUUGGAGAUGUGUCAGUGAUGCUGAUGGAGAACCCAACAGGCAAAGAUGAUAGAUCUAGCUUUCAUGGGAUGUCAGCAGAAGGCAUUAAUCAGCAUCAAUUUCAGAGAAAGCUAACUCCAGGCACUCUGGAUAGGACAGGAUACUUGACUGAAGAUCUGCACUCGAAUGCUGAGGAUUCUCAACUGAAAACAAUCGAACCUGGACAGGAUGGCAAUGAAAUCAAGAUAAUGAGGAAAACAAUAUCAAAUACGGUCUCCCUCGAUGCAUCCAGAGAGACUUUGAAAGGUCCUGCCAAAGUAAGUUAUAUUGAGGAUUCUCAGGCACAUACGGAUGAUAAACUACUUGAAGCUGAGACAGGCAACGAUGCAGAAGCUGAGACAGGCAACGAUGCAGAAGAUAUUCUGCCGGUGGACAAUGAACAAGUAUCGGAGAUGCAGGAAGACAAGACAUCACACAUGAUAGAUAUUGAUACUGCUUAUAAAACACGAGAAGGUACUGCUAACCAAACACAAUUGCUUACUGAUACAUCGGCAGUAUUGGGAAAUCUGGAUAAGGUUGAGGUUUGCAAUGAAGAUAUUCUUAUACCCAGCACCUACGAAGAAGAAAAUCUUGCGUGCUGCAGAGGGCAAGAAAAUCAAGAAAUGCACCAAGCAGAUUUGAGUGGAUGUGAGAAUGAUGCUGUUGAUUCAAGCGAAAGUAUGCUGCCAGUGGAUGUACAGACUGAACGAGGAAAAAUAAAUUCACCUCUUUGCGAGAGCCUUGUGAGUUACCACAAAGGAGCAAAACCAGUUGAACAGAUAGCAAAUAAAAGCAAGUCGUCUUUGACCUCAGUACUGACCGAAGCAGAUGUAGUGCCCGAAACCAAAGAGGCAGAGCAUACAAAUAAGAUAGUUGCAGUGGAAAAUUAUUCUCUUACUGAAACUACUGUGCUCAAAGGUGCUCAGUGUACCAGCAGUUCAUAUUCAGGUCAUAAUUCCAGACAUGAAAAAGCUGAGCCAGCUACAAGUCUCUGUGGAUCGGGUAACUACAGCAGCUUAUGGAAGAAAGGAAAAUUCUCUCUCACGACAGAGCCUACCUGCCUUCAAACAUCCAAACAGAAGAUGGCAACUUCACUGCAUCAGUUGUCAAGUCCUCCUUUUCUUAUUAAAUCUUCAUUAUCUCCUUCGGAUAUGGCUUCUUGUCCUCUCAAUUCAGACUCGGAAGCAGUGUCCACUCCAAGCAACACCGAUGACCGUUACUCUCUGGCUAAGACAAGGUUGACUUGGUCGUCUCCAGCCAUAAUGAGGACCAACAUGAUUGGAAGAGCAACACCAUACUCAUCAAGGAAGGAUCUUGAUCCGUUGAGAAUGCAACCAACUGAAAAUAUCAACAUCGCAACAGAAACGCCGCAUGUAUCGUAUUCACAUUCGUCAGCCCAGCAGCUUCAUCAAUCGCUUCGUCAUAUUGUGUGUGCACCAUCUUUUACGUCCACUUCGGAAUCCACAGUCACAUCGAUUGAUCAAAAGUGUACAGUACCAAAAUCUUUCGAGAUUUCUCAAGAGUGUACCCAGGAGGCAUCCAAGAACAGUUCCAUUGAAAUUCAGGAAACUGUGCCAAGGCCCGGGAGACCUAUCUUUGACAAACAAUCUAACGGAGAAGACCAAGAGAAAACUUUACCCAAGCAGGACCCCAAACCAACUACGAAGGUUUCAAAGUACCCUACCUUACCGUUCAGUUUUCCAAACCGACCGCCUCCCGUCAUAGACCAAGUUCAUGGAGGUGCCGGAGAUGCGGGUGGAGACGCCAGUCUAUUCUCAGAUGAAGAAGGCGAGACAGACAUGGCAGAUGAUGUGGCUAGCCAGAUCAAUCGCAUCCAAAAUUUUCUGAAGAAGGACCGGUUGAAAAGGGCAAAAUUGGAAUGACCACUUUGCUGUUCAACCUUAUCCAGGAAGACAUACCUUAAUAAAGUAAGGAAAUAAUCACUGAAGUUCCCGUUUAUAUUCCUUUUUUCCUAAGAAAGUCUUUAUUCAGUAUUUCAUCAUAUCACAAAUGAUAUAGUUCAAUGCAAAAUACAUGUAAUACAUCACGUACAAUAUUACUGUAUUAACUUUAUCAAUGUUUAUAGAUGACACAUUUAAAUAAGCUCGAUGUGCCUUGAUCCAUAAAAUGUACAUUAAACUUAUUUUGUUGCAUAUUCAUAUUGCGUUCUAACUCAUGCUGAUACUUUGUUUUAAUGAUGAAAAAAGGAUAACAUCUAGUUGAAAAUAUAUAAUAUUUAGUAUAAAUAUCAAAAUUAAAAGAAGAAUAAUUUCCACCUGGUAUGCCAAAUACAAACUCAAUAAAGAUAUCUUCAUUGCACUUUCAAGAGUAUUUUUCAAAAUAACCCACCCCCGCCCCAACUCUGAGUUUUUCAAAUAUUUCUUUUCUAUACUUGUUUAAUGUUGUACGUAAUGUUUUGCAUCCAUUUUACAUUUGAUUAUGCAUGUAUAAUUUAUGGAGAAAUAUUGAAUACUUUCUUUGAAAUUUACGCGUGGAGGGGUAUUCCCAAAAUGAAAAAAAAAAAUCAGAAUGUAAUAUACCAACAUUUUUCAAUUUCAACACCAAAUUUAAACACAAAGUUAACACCAAGAAUAUAAAAAAUUUAGUAUUGAAAAUAUAUAAGCUACAGUAUGUCGAUAACUAACAUUUACAAUGAAUGAUAUAAAAUUCUUCAAUGCAACCCCACAUUCAACAUUAAGUAGAGCGCGCAGUUGAGAGCAUAUUCUCACUUCAACUCUAAUUGAGGUAUUAUGAACACAAAUCUACAAGUAAGUUGAUAUUACCCCCUUGCUGUUAUACUGUACUCAUUUAAUCGUCGACCAAAGGGAACAUGAUAAUGUAUACACGUGCAUGUAUAUGAUAUACACGUAUUUCCAAAACAGUUGGCCCGAUAUCACGCAAAGAUUUUCUUAAUUAUCCAAUUGUUGGAAGCAAGUAUUUUAACCCAUUUACAUCUUUGUGAAUAAAUUUUAGCAUUAUAUAAAAUUUCAAGCUAAACUCGUAAAUUUAUCUGUGUUUGUGCCAUGUCGUUUGGAUGUUUCUAACGUUACCUUUAAUUCAGAAGAAUAAAAUAAUGUGAAACCUACAACUUUUAUCGAUUGAUGUUCAAUGUCGAUAUUUUAUUUCUUUCUUUGUUGGUUUUUCAUAUAAUUAUUGUUAGGGAAGGGAAUUUCGGAGGAAAAGCGUGAAUGGGAUUUACUAAAAAACUGCACAUUUAUCUAUUUGUUAAAUAUGUUAGCAAAGUCAUGGCCUAAAAUGCAAUGCCUGGAUUGAAAUUAUUAUAAAAAUAGAUAAAUACAAAGUACGAAACACCGACCAUUGCGUCAUAAGAUCAAAAAUACAACGUUAUGAAAAUUCUAAUUUAUGCAUUAUUUUAUCAAUUUCGUUGUGUCAGAAUUGAGUUGCCCCAAUGUAUAACCUUUUAAAACCUGGUUCGUUGAGGCAACAAUUGUUCACCACCUUUCCGUCUUCCAAGCCGAUAUAAAGACGAUUUAUGGCAACUAUAUUUUUGUGCCUGUCUGAAGGCAAGUCAUCGUUACGAAAUGAAGUUUCAUAGAAAAUAUCAAAUAUGAGUUCUUGCACUCAAUGUUUGGUUACUUUGGUGGUACAUUAUCAUCACAGUGGACUGUUAUUUCCCUAAGGACUAUUAUUAGGUUUCAAGCAGUUAAGUAAGCAAUUCAAAAAAAUUGUGUACAUUCAACGACUUU